AUGAACAAUAGUGUUGUAAAUGGAACACAUGAAUUUGUAUGUGAGGCAUGGUUGGGAUCAACCUCUAGCGGAAUAUUUAUGGGAGAUGACCCAUUGAAGCAUUCGACUCCUCUUCUCCUUCUUCUUAUUUCUCUCGUCUCUUCCCUCUCUUCCUUCUUCCAAGCUCUUCUCCGUCCUCUCCCAAAUGUCGACUUUGUCACUCAAAUUAUGGGUGGGAUAUUCUUAGGCCCCUCGGUUUUGGGACAAAACAUAGAUUUAGUGACAAAACUUUUCAACACAAGAAGCUUCUUCAUUAUAGAAUCAUUAGAGGCAAUAUCCUUCAUGUUCAUCUCAUACAUAAGCACAGCUCAAGUAGAGGUGGGAGUAAUAAAGCGAGGAGGCAAGGUCGCAAUCAUCAAUGGAUUCUCUCUUUUUCUGUUUCCUUACGUCGUUGGCUCCUUGGCAUGUACCCUAAUCACUAGCAACAUCCGUGGAAGCGUGGCGAACACUAAGCCAGCACAGCUCCAUGAUAUACUGACAAACCAAUCGGCAGUGUAUUUUCAAGUGGCGUAUUCGGUUUUGUCGAAGCUCAAGAUGCUAAACUCGGAGCCUGGAAGGUUAGCCCUCUCCUCCAUAAUGGUGACUAACUGCUUUGGCUGGGGUCUUUUCCUCCUUAAAGUUACCUUUGACAGUUUCUUGCAACAAAAAUACUCCAAGACUAUUUAUCUCCAUACCUUCACAAAGGUACUACUGAUUGCUGCUAUAGUAGUUGUGUGCCGACCAAUUUUCAAAUGGAUAGUGAAGAGAACACCUGAAGGAAAGAAACUAAAGGCAUCGCAUCUAUGCAUCAUCUGCGUCAUGUUGUGCACCACCACUUUCCUGUCCGAAACCGUAGGGUUUCCUUACAUAGUCGGAUCCGUGGCUCUCGGUCUUGUGACUCCUAAGACGCCUCCUCUCGGUACUGGUCUCACCGACAAGAUCGGUUGCUUCUGUUGGGCGGUUCUUAUGCCGUGUUACGUCAUCGGGAUUGGUAAUAAAGUCAAUUUCUUUAUGUUCGAAAAAGGCGACGUCAUAACUUUGGAGUUGCUUUUCUUUACCAUCAUUGCUGCAAAGUUUGCUUCCAUCGUCCUCCCAUCGCUUUACUUCAAGGUUCCUAUAUCAUACGCCGUGAUAGUCGGAUUCAUCGUCUGCAUACAAGGGAUCUACGAUGUCCAAAUCUUCAAACAGUUGUUGAACUACGAGAACAUAAGCCAAGAAGCAUUUGGGAUAAUGGUGGUAUGUGCGAUGGUUCACUCGACCAUUUUCACGGCCAUAGUAAAAAAUCUCUACGGGUGGGUGCAGCGGCAACACAUCACUUACAGGCGACAAACCGUUCAGCACUACGAACCAAACAAUCCUCUCAAGAUCCUCACUUGUUUCUACCACCGCAAAACCGUACCUUCCCUCCUCACCAUCUUGGAGUUCUCUUCUUGUCCAUCGGGGGCUUCCAUCGUUUCCGUCAAUCUCGAAGAGCUUGAGCACCAUAACGUACCUCUCCUCAUUGAACACCAUUCCGGUCAAUACGACGCCUCAUCGAUGUCCUCCAGCCGCAGAGAUCAGAUCUGGAAAGCCUUCGAGAAAUUCGAAAAGGGACACGUUUUGCAAGAAAACUUUUCCGUCGAGUGUUUCACUGCAGUUGCGCCGAGCAAGACGAUGCAUGAGGAUGUCUGCGCCUUGGCAUUUGACAAAGAAACUAAUCUCAUCAUUGUCGGAAUUGACAACGGGAAUGCAGCAGAUAGAAGGCUCUGCCGCAACGUCCUAAAUGUCUCGCCUUGCUCAGUUGCGGUUCUAGUGGACCAAAGACGCCUUCAAGAUUUCAAGAACAUGGGAACGACGAUGAAGAACGGGUCAAUGAGUAUCAACGUCUGUUCGAUAUUCCUCGGUGGGGCGGACGACCGUGAGGCGCUGGCGUUUGCGGUUAGGAUGACAAACCACCCGUGCGUAAAUCUAAACGUUCUUAAGCUCGUGGACGGAGAAAACGUCUCGCAGCUAAACGACGUCAUAGAGAGAAGACUCGACUCCAUAGCCAUCCAAAAAUUCAGUCAAGACACCAUGAAUCAAUACAAUUUACGAGAGGUAAGGAUAGAGGAAGCGAGUGAUAUAGUGAACCUACUGAGAGAAGAAGGAAACAGUUACGAUCUUAUAAUGGUUGGGAUCAAACACGAAGAAAGCUUCCAGGUACUUAAAGGAUUAUCCGUGUGGAGCGAGAAUGAAGAUCUUGGAGAGAUCGCAGAUUUGCUCGUUUCCAGAGAUCUCAAGCUCACUGCAUCAGUUUUAGCCGUACAACAACAAGUCUCCUCCGUCGUUGAAGAGAGAUUCAUAAUAUAAUGUUAUAACAGUUUUUUUAGGAAUUGGAGGACACUAGGUCAUUUCUUUAUUAUUUUCAGGAACUAUUACAUGACAUAUUUUACAACAAACGCCUUACAUUUAUUUGAUCCUCGGAUUCGGUUAGU